CAGUUUUGUCAUACACAAUCAACUUAUUGCACAUCUACGUUCAAACCACAAGGCAAUAUUCUUUUCGGCUAUAAAAUUUCUAUACUGAGCGAGAGAUAGAAGGCGGCAAUAAACGUUGCAUUUAGUCCUUGUGAAUCUCAGCAUAUUUACAUAUAUAUUUUGUUGUUUAUUGUUGUACAAGCAGCCAUCAUGUUUAGCAUAUCAGAGAAGAGCAUCGGCACCAUCGAAUCGAAAUUCAAUGUCAAUCGAUCCCAAUCGCAAGCGCCCGUCGCUAUCGAGCCGGAGACUUAUGAAUUGGAUAUUGCGGCCAUAUCGCAUAAAUAUCAUUUAGAUGAUUAUUUGCAAAUGACGGAGGAGGAGCGUCGAGUCCUAUUAGUGCAAAUGGAUUCAUUGGACAUGCUUAGAACAGUUGAGGAAAUUCAAAAGGAAUUGGCCAUAUAUAAGCUGGAGAACUACAUAAUGGUUGAUUUUCUGGAGAAGAAUGAUCCGAAGCUUUUAGUUGGCCUGCGUCAGCGUCGCACUUCGAUGGUGAAGCGCAUGCAGUCCAAGUCCCGGCCACAGGACAACCUGGCACAAUCCAGUCGUCACUCUAGCUCCAAACGCUCCAUGAGCUUAUCCAUACACAUGGGCGCAAUGAGCCAGAUAGGCGAACGACGCAAACAGGUUGAUCACAAAUUGAAUUUCAAGGCCAAAGCCGAACUGGCCGAAAAGGCGGCAGCGGAGGUGGAGAAGCGAGUGAUCGAUAUUGAAAGGAAUGCUAUGGUCGAGGUCAAGCAGUUGCGCGCUAAAAUCGAGGAGCUGCAUUAUCGCAGCGAGGAGACCAUUGAAACGGAAAAGAAUUUCCUGCUCCACUUUUUGCGCGACAAUAAUGAUAUAGCAUUUCUGGAGAGCGCUACGGAGCGGCAGGUGGAACGCAAACUGCGUAAAUUUACGGCCAACUGGUUUAAGAACGCGCGCGCUCUGCUGGGCACGAUGCGGUUGACAAUCGUAUCGUUGCAGGAGACGUGUCAACAGCAUCGCGCUGAUCUGAUAACCAAAGCCGAUUUGAGUGGCAUUUUGACAGCUGUCGAUUUCGAGAAGCUGAUUAUCAAACGCACCGAGUUGACCAACGAGCUGGAGGAGAAGAACACCCACAUGGCGGGACUGAAGGGUGUUACGGGCAAAACAUCGCUGGCCAUGACCGAGGAGAAGCAGGCCAUGAUGAACUUGGAGACGGAAAUGCGCAAUGUCCUCAAUCGUACCGAGGAGAUAUCGCGCACGAUAAUCAAACUAGAGAAGGAGGUGGCCAUGGUGCGGGUCAACAAUGAAAAGGAUUAUGUUGUCUUGAAUGAGCUGCGUGCCCAGCUGGAGGAAUACGAUGCUCCAAGUAUUACCGAAUAUAUUGAAAAGAAGGAGGAGGCUCUACUUUUGGAAAAGGAAGAGAAGAUGCUGCAGCGUAAGAUCUAUAUACUUAAUAUGAAACUGAACAAUGUGAUGAGACGUUGCAGAUAUCGUGACGAUAUAUAGAAAGAAAGAAAUGAUUG